AUGCCUAGCUCAGUCACACAGCGCUUUCUCUUCUCUUGGGUGGCCCUCCUCUCCAGCCUCUGUCAGGGGGAGGGCCGGCCCCGCCUGGCCCAAGAAGGUACACUCCGCCUGGGGCAGGAGGAGAGCCAGAGGGCCCUGGUCUUGGAGGCAGUGAAGACAGGGAUCCUGAGCUCCAUGGGGAUGGAGAGGGAGGCCAGGCCCAGGGAAAUGGCUUCAGAAGAGGAGCUGAGGAGGAUGCAUUGGCUCUACAGGGAAACACUGAGGCAGCUGACAGGGAACUCCAGUCAGGAGGGGGAAACCCAUCAUUCCACAAGGAGGACAUCCACUGUGCUUCAUCCAGCCACAGGUGAGUCCCUACUGUACUGGUUUCUACCACAAUACAGGACCCGACUGUUGACAUUCUGGCUUUAGAUAGUGAUCUGACUGUUGCCUUUAUGCAAAGUGUAUUAAUAACUUAUAGAAGAAAAGAUCUGAGUUGGAAGCCAAAGCCAAUGGCUUGGGCUUUGUAAAAGGUGUGUACCUGUGUACCAAAACAUUAUCCCAUGGUUGUGUCUUCAAGAAGAAGAAUUUUAUGACAAAACUAACAAAAAGCCUUCAAACACAUUUUUAAAAAUGUAUCUUAAUGUACCUGUGAGUGUUUUCUGAAACCAUAUGUUGUGAGAAUGAGUAAGUCAUGCUCUGAGGAGCAAUUUAGUCUUAAAGUGCUUUGUUUUUGUGUGCACUCCAACAAAAGCCUACCAUUAACAUGUGGUCUUAGCAAAGGCUGGAUAGUAAUACAGUACCUCUUCUCCAAAGCUUCGUUUUAAAUCGUUUGAUGUAAUUUUCUUUUUUUGACAAGACACAUCCAUUAAAACUCUUAAAAGCACAACCUAUUCAAGUAAUGACAGUAAUUCUAAGAACUUGAGCAUUUGUGUAACAACCCUCUUUUCAUCUCUUUCAGUGGAGCCUGUCGAAGUGCUUCAGAGUGAUGAGGAACACCCAUCAGAUGUGCUUUGGUACAGAGCUGUAUUCCACAAGAAUCCACACAUCAGGAAGGAGCUCACUUUGGCCCGGGCUGAGCUGAAGCUCUACAGACAGCUGUUGGAUGGGUCUAAAGCUGCUGAGCCCAUGAUUAGGGAAGAGGUUCAUGUGAAGAUCUAUGAGACGAAACCGCUGAACUCUUCUCUAUUGAUUCACAUAGAGACCCUUCUUCAGACGGUCGCUGCAAGAACUGGUGAUUUGACUUUGGACAUCAGAACUGUGGUUGAUAAGUGGAGGGGGAGGUCGGACGGCCACUCUCUGGUUGUGGAAGUAGGACUGGGCGUAGAAGAGGGAACUGAUCCCAAGACGAGCCCUCAGAUGGUCCUGGAGGUAGACCUUGUAGAACCUAGAUCAGCAGGCAGAAGGAGACGGACUCGCUCCAACAAAGAGGACAACUGCGAUGAAGACGGUCGCUGCUGCCGAAAAUCCAUCAACGUGUCCUUCAAGGAGAUUGGCUGGUCAGACUGGGUCGUGGCCCCCGCCGGUUACAACAUGCACUUCUGCGACGGCUCCUGUCCCCACAACUACAAGCCAGCCAGCAUGCACGCGCAGGCGAAGUCUCGUCUUCACCACAUCAACAAGGGAGCAACACCUCGCCCCUGUUGCGUGCCGGCUGCCUACGAGCCUGUGAUCCUCAUGCACUACGACAGUCGGGGAAAGUUGAAGCUCACACCCUUCAAUGACUUGAUUGUCAGCAAAUGCCACUGUGCUUGA